GCUGUGCGAUGGUGAUUGCCUGGGGUAACUUGGGUGGUGUAGUAAGCGCACAAAUAUAUAAACCUAGCGAUGCACCAGCUUAUAUAACUGGUCAUACUGUUACGCUAUCAUUUUUAGUUUUCGGCGUAGUUUUAUCUAUUAUUCAAUGUUAUUAUUUAAAUAGAUUGAAUAAAUAUAAGAUUGAAAAUCCUAAAAGAUUUUUAAAAGGAUCUAAUAUGGAUGAUGCUACGCAUUUAGGAGAUUUACAUCCUUCAUUUAUUUAUAGCUUUUA